AUGGCUUCCGUGGGCCUGGCCACACGCGCCAUGCGUGGCACGCGGCACUUCCAGCGCCGCGUGUGGCAUCAACAUCGGGGCCUGACACAAAAAACUCUGGACAUUGUCAAGGACACGUUGCCCCUCGUGGCAGAAGCUGGGACAGGAUUUACCAGCCACUUCUACCAGCGCAUGUUUGCAGCACACCCCGAGCUGUUGAACACCUUCAACCUUGCCAAUCAGAGCCAGGGGAGGCAGCAGAAGGCGCUCUUCUCUGCAGUUGCAGCAUCUGCCGUAUCAGUGCUGGAGAAUGGUACACUACCUGUGGAGCUCAUGGAGGGCGUCAACCAGAAGCACUGUGCUCUAAAUGUCACUGAAGCACAGUACAACGUUGUCGGAGAGCACAUCCUUGGCACAAUCACCGAUAAGUUCAACCCCGGUCAGGAGGUUCUGGAUGCUUGGGCCGAGCUGUACGGGGCCUUGGCUGGAUACUGCAACAAGCGGGAGGAGGAACUCUACAAGGAAGCAGAAUCCAAGCCAGGGGGCUGGCGUGGGAUGCGCAAGUUUACUCUCGCAGAGAAGACCACGCGAAGCAGCGUCAUCACCGAGUUCACAUUCCGGCCGGUGGAUGGCAAGCCCAUUUCAUCGUACAGCCCAGGACAGUACACCACCAUUUGGACUUACCCCAAGGGUACUGACAAGCGGCAGCCGCGACACUACAGCCUCAUCUCUGAGACUGGCAGUGACCAUUACACCAUCGCAGUGAAGAAGGAGAGCCAGGGCCUGGUAUCUUCUUUCCUGCACGACCGCACUGCAGUGGGCGAUGAGUUCGACCUCUCGCCGCCGUUCGGCAACUUCAGCGUUGCUGGGGCGCAGGCUCUGUGGACCAAGGAUGCGGAUGCACCGGUGGUGCUCCUAAGCGCAGGAGUUGGCAUCACCCCCAUGCUCAGCAUGCUGGGCACCUUGAAGAAUGGUGCCCAGGCAUCCGAGCGCCCUGUGCUGUGGCUGCAUGCAGCGGAGAACGGCCGGCAGCAUGCCUUCCGCGACUACAUAGUUGGCCUUGCACGGGCCCAUCCGGAUGAUCUCACCCGCCGUGUCUGGUACAACAACCCCAAUUCUGACGACGUCAUGGGUUCUGACAACAAGGCACCCUUUCACUUCAAUGGCAUGAUGGACCUGACCCAGGUAAAGGAUAUGCUGCCGCUAGAGAAAGAGAAUGCUCUGUACUACUUCUGUGGCCCCAUCCCGUGGAUGAAGUCCAUCGCCCAGCAGCUGACACAGAUGGGGGUGCAGAGGUCAGCUCUCAACUUUGAGGUGUUUGGCCCCAACGAGGACAUCCUGGGCUGA